CUCGGAUUGACUGCGCGCGGUGGUCGGCAAGUUCCAACUUCCCAAGCUUCGUCUGCGGUUUUACUGCUGCACAGGGGAAGAGGUCCAUCCCCUCCCACCCCACGUCCCUCCCACUUCACCCCCAGCACCAGCGGUGCACCACCGCCGGAAGCCCGCGCUGGCUUCGAGCUCCCGGCAGCGGCAGCGCACGCUCCCUACUCCGGCCUGCCAUCUGUCACCUCGAGAUCGCGAUCGGAUCCCGCUGCCGCGCGGCCAGAUCCACCACGCCCGCCCCCCUACCUAUCACGCGGCGGAGGACCGAUGUCGGCGGCGGUCGAGGAGCAGAUGGUGGUGAAGGCGAUCCGGGAGGAGUGCCCGUGGGAGUCGCUCCCCAAGCGUCUCCAGUCCACGCUCCACACCAAGGACGAGUGGCACCGCCGGAUUGUGGAUUAUUGCAUCCGAAAACGUUUACAAUGGAAUACCUGCUUUGCCCGUAGAGUUUAUAGAGAAGGGGAAUACUAUGAAGAAAUGAUGCGGUAUCUCCGGAAAAAUCUUGCAUUAUAUCCAUACCAUCUUGCUGACUAUAUAUGCCGAGUAUUGAGGAUCUCUCCAUUCAGAUAUUACUGUGAUAUCCUGUUCGAAACUAUGAAGAAUGAACAACCAUAUGAUAGUAUUCCAAAUUUCACUGCUGCUGAUGCCCUAAGGCUUACUGGUGUCGGAAGAAAUGAAUUUAUUGAUAUUAUGAACAAAUGCAGAUCAAAGAAGCUAAUGUGGAAGCUGAACAAAUCAAUCGCAAAAGAUUUACUGCCUACACAGCCUGUUGACUUUCCAAUUGAGCCUUGGUGGGGAGUUUGUCUGGUUAACUUUACAUUGGAAGAAUUUAAGAAACUUUCAGAAGAAGAAACAGCAACAAUAGACAAAAUAUGCAAAGAGGAAGCCAAUUCAUAUGUUCUUUUUGAUCCGAAGAUAAUAGAUGACCUCUAUAAAAGAGGGUUAGUGUACUUUGAUGUGCCUGUUUACACCGAUGACCGUUUCAAAGUUUCUAGGCUUGAAGGCUUUGUUUCUAACAAGGAUCAAUCAUAUGAAGAUCCGAUCGAAGAGCUACUUUAUGCUGUAUUUGUUGUGUCAAGUGCUAAUGCUACUGUUGCUGAAUUGGCUGCAACUUUACAAGCUGACCUUUAUCAGCUGCAGGCAGCUGCAUCAUUUGCUUGUCGACUGGGCUGGGCUGUAAAACUGGUGGAUGCAGACUCUUUACUUAAAGACGAAGGUGGACCUGCAUUUCCCAGUAGUAUUCUCAGUGAUGAUGAAGAAGGUUCAAAUGCAAGCAUCAACUCAGAAAAGUCUGGUCAACAGUCGCUUAGCAUCGAUACUAAUGGACCCAGGAAAAUCUCUGGGACUGCUCAUGUAGGCUUUGUUGUGGAUGCCAAUGUUACUUCAUAUUUGAUGAUGGGUUCACUGUCCCCAGGUUUAAAAUCUCAUGCCAUCACGCUGUACGAAGCUGGAAAAUUAGGCGAUUCUUGCAUUGCAGAACUAUGCAGUGAUCUGGCUAGUUUAGAAGGAAAGAAAUUUGAGGGUGUGCUAGAGGAGUUUGCUAAUCAUGCAUUCAGUCUGCGGUGGUCCUUGGAGUGUUUAAAGUCUGGUGGGGUUUCUACGAACAAGAAUUCUGAUAAUACUGAUGACGCAAAUACUUCAACAAGCUCAUUGCACGACAAUGUUACGGCCCAUCUGGUCAACGUGAACAUCGAGGACACAACUGAGGAUGGCCAUGAUGAAGUGCCCCAUGAUAACCACUCUACUAGUGAUUUGGAUAAUAAAGAUGGCAAUGUAUCAUCCAUGUCAGUGGAUUUAUCUGAAGAUGGCGAAAGCUUGGUUAGAGUUAAGGCUGAGAAUGGCUCUACUGAUACCACUGUGUUGACGAUCCAAAGGAAGUAUACUGUUGAUGUUCUACGAUGUGAGAGCUUAGCUUCACUAGCGCCAGCAACACUGGAACGGCUAUUUCUCCGCGACUAUGACAUUAUUGUGUCAAUUGUUCCUCUUCCUUCUUCAUCUGUUCUUCCCGGUCCUUCAGGCCCAAUUCAUUUUGGUCCACCCUCUUAUUCUUCAAUGACACCUUGGAUGAAGCUAGUACUGUACACUGCAGGCCAUUGUGGACCAUUAUCUGCUGUUUUCAUGAAAGGACAACGCUUUAGGUUGCUGCCUGAACCAUUAGCUGGUUGUGAGAAGGCACUGCUAUGGUCUUGGGAUGACUCUGUGGUUGGUGGACUAGGAGGGAAUUUUGAAGGUAACUUGGUGAAGGGAAAUCUACUCUUGCACUGCUUGAACUCAAUGCUGAAACAAUCUGCUGUGUUAGUGCAACCGCUUAGCACAAAUGAUCUUAAUGAGUCAGGAAACCUUGUCACCGUGGAUAUCCCUUUACCCCUGAAGAAUGAUGAUAAUUCCAUUGCAUCUGUGGUAGCUCAAGCUAAUUUGCCAAAGGAACAGGUCUUCAAUCUGGCCUCAGUACUGAAAGACCUAUCCAGUAAAUUUCAGUUGAGCACACUUGGCUACCUUCGUUUAUUAAGACUCAACAGGCUUGUUGAGUCAGAUAAGUUUCACCCAGAAAAUACAAGUUAUCAGUGGGUGCCCUUGAGUUUGGAGUUUGGAAUUCCUUUGUUCAAUCCAAACUUAUGUGAGAGGAUUUGUGAACAGGUGGUUGCGUCCCAUAUACUUCAGAAAGCUGAUCUCGCUGAACAUAAUGAUGUCAUGCACAACGUAAGAAGGCGUCUCAGAGAACUUUGUAGUGAAUAUCAAGCAACUGGUCCGGUAGCAAAGUUAUUUAACAAGCGGGGAAGCUCACGGGAUUUACCCCGAACUUUGAUCAAUAGUAUUAGUAGCAGAUGGAAUCUAACUGAUGAUUCUGCAUCACCAACAAACAGAGAAGCCCCAAGUGAACACGAGAGGCUGAAACUUGCUGGACGGCAGAGGUGCCGCACAGAAGUUGUGGGCUUUGAUGGGAGCACUGUCAGGUCAUAUGCACUUUCUCCGGAGCAUGAUGAGUCUACCUCCAAACCCAUCUCUGGCGACCAAUCAUCUACCCAUGAAGGAAAAUCAGAUGCAGAGGAUGCAGACAGUAAGGAUGUAGUCUUACCAGGAGUGAAUCUUGUAUUUGAUGGAGCUGAAUUACAUCCCUUCGAUAUCGGUGCUUGCCUUCAAGCACGCCAACCACUCUGGCUGAUAGCCGAGGCGUGUGUAGCUUCAUCAACCUUCUUAUGAUGCGUCCAUGACUCCAUGUAGCCAUUUCAGUUCUGUGUCUAAUGUGCUUGGAUUGUCCAGAACUGAUGUUGAAGCUAAAGCUUCUAAAAAGGAUGAUUCCAUCAGUCUCUGACACACAAGGACUCUUAGGAAGAUUUUGUUGUACAACGUGUUGCUUCUGUCUGAUAUGCCGGGUGGCCAAGUUUGAUGCCUUCCGUAGGAACUGAUCAACUGGACUAUGCGUUUGUUGAGACCAUGGACUUUUACCAUUUGUAAGUUCUUGUUUUCAAGCCUUUUGUGGGAUUUCCUGAGAUUUUUUUUUUGCUUAAUGCUGGUUCUCUAAGAGCCUAUUUUUUAAGAAAAUUUUGAGGAUUGUAAUCCUUUGGAAUUUUUCCAGGCUGUUUGAUUAGUAUUCAUC